CACUUUCAAUCUCAGAGGGGCACCUUAUCUCCUCUCCAUGCGUAAAGUACUUACAGUACUGAUAAAUAAUGUACUAGUUGUUAAUCUCUGAAAGGUUUGACACCUGCUCUUUCUCAAUACUGUGUGUCUCUUGCAAUUAUUCACGUUCUAGCGAUGAAGUUCCUUCUCCUCUUGGUCGUUGUUGCUUAUUCAAAGGCUUUCUUGUUCGAUGACCUGUUCGGGUCUAAUGGCUGCACGUCGAACGAUGACUGCCGAUCUAGGUGUUGUAUGACGGACAUUUUCGGCGACAGAUCCUGUGGGCAGAAAUAUCUUCAUUACCUUCAGGAAUGUCGUCUGGAUGGUCAGGAGCGACACACAUGUGGCUGUGGGAACGGUCUGUACUGCGAAGCCUAUGCAAACAUUCAUGGUGCCGCCGUGGAAACGCAGCACAUGGGAGCCUCCGGUUAUGGUUUGUGUGAGCACAAAACCGACCCCAGCACACCUGGUGUAUAAAAAUGGAUGAUUAAAACAAAUAUUUUCUUUCUUAA